CACAAAUCGCAUAAGACCGGGUUCAGGGAUGCAGACAAACGAAUCUGGGAAUCUCGUAUAUUAUCCCCGACGUGCUCCGCGUCCACGGCGCUGCCAAAGUCACACGAACUCUCUCACGUCACACACGCCUCCUCCUGCGAGCCAGCCACUGGGAGAGCCCGCGGAAGCACAGAGCGGGAGGAGGGAUCGCGAGAUGGAGUGCAAGGAUGUCGGGAUCCUCGCCAUGGACAUGUAUUUCCCUCCCACCUGCGUCCAGCAGGAAGCGCUGGAGGUUCAUGACGGAGCCAGCAAGGGGAAGUACACAAUUGGUCUUGGGCAAGAUUGUAUGGCCUUCUGCAGCGAGGUAGAAGAUGUCAUCUCGAUGAGCUUGACAGUUGUCAAAUCCCUGCUGGAAAAGUACCACAUAGAUCCGAAGCUAAUUGGCCGCCUGGAGGUUGGUAGCGAAACAGUGAUAGACAAAAGUAAAUCCAUCAAAACGUGGCUGAUGCAAAUUUUUGAGGAAAGUGGUAAUACUGACAUUGAGGGAGUUGACUCAAGUAACGCAUGUUAUGGUGGGACAGCUGCCCUGUUGAAUUGUGUGAAUUGGGUCGAAAGUCGAUGCUGGGAUGGACGCUACGGCCUUGUGGUCUGCACAGAUAGCGCGGUUUACGCAGAGGGACCAGCUCGGCCUACGGGAGGAGCUGCUGCAAUUGCUAUGCUUAUUGGUCCAAAUGCACCUAUUUCUUUUGAAAGUAAAUAUAGAGCUUCUCACAUGGCUCAUGUUUACGAUUUCUACAAGCCUGAUCUUGCAAGUGAAUAUCCGGUUGUUGAUGGGAAACUAUCUCAAACGUGCUACCUGAUGGCUCUGGAUUCGUGCUAUAGACAGUAUUGCGCCAAGUAUGAGAAGCUAGUGGGAGAACAGUUCUCGAUUUCUGACGCCGAUUAUUGUGUGUUCCAUUCUCCAUAUAAUAAGCUUGUGCAGAAGAGUUUUGCUCGACUUUACUUCAACGAUUUCAUGCGUAAUUGCAGUUCGGUUGAUAAUGAUGCCAAAGAAAAGCUUCAGCCUUUUGCAAACCUGACUAGUGAAGAAAGCUACCAAAGUCGUGACUUGGAAAAGGGCUCUCAACAACUUGCAAAGCAUUUGUAUGACAUCAAAGUUCAACCGUCAACGUUGCUUCCAAAACAAAUUGGUAACAUGUAUACUGCAUCUCUGUAUGCUGCAUUGGCAUCUGUAAUCUACAACAAGCAUGCUAGUCUGACCGGCCAACGAAUUGUCAUGUUCUCUUAUGGCAGUGGCUUGACAUCCACUAUGUUUUCAUUCAAACUAAAUGAGGGUCAACAUCCCUUUAAUUUAGCAAACAUUGCUUCUGUGCUUGAUGUGACGGCAAAGCUUGAAUCAAGACAUGUGACUUCACCUGAGAAGUUCAUUGACACACUGAAGCUGAUGGAGCACCGAUAUGGAGCAAAAGAUUUUGAAACAAGCAAAGACAUAAGCUUGUUGCCACCAGGAACGUUCUACCUUACAAAAGUUGACUCAAUGUACAGGAGGUUCUAUGAAAAGAAAACCGAUGGCAUUGUUGACGGCAAAAUCAAGUGCAGCAAUGGCAUUGCAAAUGGUCACUAGUGGCAUAUCAUCAGAUACUGUUAGUUCACCGUGCAUUUUAUUAACCAUCAUCCGUACAAUUUGUUGUAUUUAUCUCUAGAAUUUCCAGUCUAGCUAAGUUUCAAAUAAGCCAUUAUUCUCUAAAGUUGUUUCCCCCACACUCUUCAGCUUAUUUUUUGUGUUGAGCUGAACUGAAACCUUCGUGUAGUACAAGCAUUCUUGUUUUCCUCUAGCUUGCUACCUUUGAUUUAAUUGUUUUGUUGCUAGUGAUCA